UAAUGAAUCGUUCAAGAAAAAAAGUUAUACGUCCACAGAAUCCAUAUACAAAAGCGAAUAUAUUUUCUCGUGUGAGUUUUUGCUGGACAACUCACAUUUUUCGUCAGGGUUGGAAGAAACCACUCGAAGACACAGAUUUAUAUGAAAUUCCUGAAGAACUAGACUGUGAAGAUGGCACCAAACUUAUGGCCAAUUUAUGGGAAGAGGAAAAGAGAACCAAAAAGAAUCCAAAUAUUAUACGUGUGAUAUGUAAGGCCUAUGGAAAAUAUAUUCUGCCAUUUGGCUUUUUCUGUGUAUUGCUGGAGACAACACUAAAAUCCCUGCAACCUUUAUUUUUGGGAGGUUUAGUAUCAUUUUUUGCUGCUGGCCAGACUGAUGUUAGUGAAAGAGAUGCUUUCUUAUAUGCAGGCGGCAUUGUUUUGUGUUCCCUGUUGAUGGUGAUGUCGGUGCAGCCGUAUCUGUUUUAUGCCUUAAAGACCAGCACGCAAAUACGUGUAUCUCUUUCCGGCUUAAUAUAUCGCAAAUGCUUGCAAAUCUCUAAGAAUUCCAGUGAUGAGGGUUUACGUGGCAGAGCCAUUAAUAUAUUGGCCAACGAUUUGUCCGUGUUCGAUAUGGUUUUGUGCUUUAUACAUGACUGGUGGAAGGGACCACUAGAGUCAUUAAUUAUCGGCUAUCUUAUGUAUCGUGAAAUAGGCUGGGCAGCAGUGGUUGGCAUUUCCUUUAUGUUGGCCUUUAUACCCUUGCAAGUUUGGGGCGCCAAAAAGGCGGCCAGUUAUAAGGAGAAGACUGUGGAACGUACUGACUGGCGUGUAAAGUUAAUGAAUGAAAUUAUUCAGGGUAUCCAGGUGAUUAAGAUGUAUGCCUGGGAGAAAUCAUUUGCCCAGGUUAUAGGAGUAGUAAGACGCAAAGAAGUAAAUGCCUUUAAAGGCUCUGCACAUGUAUAUGCGAUUCUGAAUUGUACCCACAUGAUAUCCCCCAUUUCGGUAUUUUUGGCCCUGGUUUCCUACAUCUAUUUUGGUGAUGUCUUGACGGCCAAGAAAAUCUUUACCAUUUCCUCUUUCUUUACCAUGCUCAAUGAGUCCAUGGUAAUGUAUUGGCCAAUGUCUUUGAUAUGCUUGGCUGAAAGUUGGGUCUCAGUUAAGAGAUGUAAAGAAUUUUUAAUGUACAGCGAAGAGGCAGGUAGAGAUAUAAACGAGGAGCACAAAGCUACUCAUGAACAUGGCGAAAAGGAAGACAAGACUGCCCAGGAAUGUUUACUUAAUGGAAAAACCCAGCAGAAAAGCAAAAGAGUUGUAAAUAUUAAGGCUGAAGUGAAAAGCCUGGAAAUGCGUAAUGUGAUGGCCACUUGGGAAAGCAAGGGUGCUGAUGGUUCUACAAGAACGCCAGCUUUACAGAAUUUCUCUACCACAUUUAAAGAAGAAACUUUGGCUGCUAUUGUGGGUCCCGUAGGAGCGGGUAAAUCUACUUUACUUAAUGCCAUUUUGGGAGAAGUGAAUAUAGAGUCGGGAGAAAUUCUAGUCAAUGGCAAGAUCUCCUAUUGUUGCCAAGAACCCUGGGUAUUUGAGGGCAGCAUUAAGGACAAUAUCAUAUUUGUGGAGGACUAUGAUGAUAGGCGUUACAAGCAGGUAUUGAAGGUGUGUGCCUUGGAGCGUGAUGUAGAAUUGUGGCCCAAUAGAGAUCUGACUGUGGUGGGAGAACGUGGUGUUAGUUUAAGUGGCGGACAAAGAGCUCGCGUCAACCUAGCAAGAGCUAUUUAUCGCCAGGCAGAUAUAUAUCUACUAGAUGAUCCCCUAUCGGCUGUGGACACUCAUGUAGGCAAACACAUAAUGGAUAACUGUAUCAAUAAGUUUCUAUACGAUAAAAUACGCAUAUUGGUUACACAUCAAUUGCAAUAUCUCGACGAUGUGGAACAUGUUAUUCUUAUGGCUGAAGGUAACAUUGCUGCCCAGGGUAACUAUCAGGAAUUGCAAAAUUCCAACCAGUUUAAGUUUCUCGCUCAAUCUCUAAAGAAAAUUGGCGAUACAGCAGAUGAUAUGGAAUACAUUGAUGGAGUAUCAGAAGAUGAGAUAAGUUUAAAAGUCCAUAGAGCACGUUUGGCUUCCGAAAAUAGUGCAGAUUUUGAUGCAAAAGAUUUGAUAGUGGAUGAAUUGGAAGAAAUCGAAGAACUUAAUAAAGAGGCUAAGACUGCUGGUUCAAUUAAGUUUGACACUUAUUUAACAUAUUUCAAGGCCUUGGAUAAUUUUUUCUAUUUCUUUGUGAUAAUAACUCUAUUCAUAGCUACUCGGUUUUUGUUAAAUGGCAUGGACUACUUCUUAUCCAGAUGGGUAAUUUGGGAAGAAAAAAUAGCUUUGAGUAACAACACCGAUUUAGAUGUAAAUAAUUUCACAGAUAUUAGCAGCAUUAAUGACACAGAUUUUGCAGUCAGCAUGUCAAGUGGUAGAAUAAAUUACGACAGUCAUAGUGAUGAGAGAUAUCAGCUAAUUAUUACUUAUUUAUCAAUAUUGAUUGCCACUACUGUCGUUUAUAUCUUGCGAACUUUUGGCUUUAUUGACAUGUGUCUGAAGAUUUCAUUACGGCUUCAUGAUUUGCUAUUUCGAGCCAUAACUCGCACUUCUAUGCUGUUUUUCAAUACAAAUCCUUCGGGUCGUAUCUUGAAUCGUUUCUCAAAAGAUAUUCGUACAUUGGAUGUAGAUGUGCCAAGGACAUUAAUGGAUUGUUUAUCGUUUGUCGUUGAUAUAUCUGGUGUAAUGAUUAUAGUGGCUAUAGUCAACUACUGGUUGCUGAUACCAGCCCUGGUAAUUAUUGUGGCUCUCAUAAUGUUAAGACAAAUCUUUGUUACCACCAGUCGUGAUGUGAAACGUUUAGAGGCAAUUUCUCGCAGUCCCAUUUAUUCCCUAACAAAUCAAACAUUCCAGGGUCUAACCACCAUAAGAGCUUUGGAGGCGGAAAAUGCCUUGCAGUCUGAGUUUUAUGAUCAUCAAAAUGCUCAUACAUCUGCCUGGUUUUUGUUCCUAUCAACGAACAGAGCCUUUGCUUCUUGGACUGAUAUCCUGUGUGUAUGUUACAUAACCAUAGUCACAUUUAGUUUCCUGGCAUUGCGUUCUAGUUUCAACAGUGGUGAUGUGGGUUUGGCCAUUUUGCAGUCGUGUGCCUUGGUGGGUAUGUGUCAAUGGGGUAUGCGUCAAACGGCUGAAUUGGAAAAUAAUAUGACAAGUGUGGAACGUGUUUUGGAGUACACAAAUCUACCGCCAGAAGCUUCUGCGGAAGUAGCGGAAGAAAUAAAACCUGUAGAAACUUGGCCUAAUAAGGGACGCAUAGAAUUUAUAGACUUCCAUUUGAGAUACAAUCCCAAUGAGGGCUGCAUUUUAAAGAAUUUAAAUUUCACCAUAGAACCUAAACAAAAAGUUGGAAUUGUGGGUCGCACGGGAGCUGGUAAAUCUUCUAUUAUACAGUCAAUCUUUCGCUUGGCCUACAAUGAGGGUGUCAUACGCAUCGAUGACAUAGAUAUUGAAACAAUUGGCCUGUAUGAUUUGAGAAGCAAAAUCUCGAUUAUUCCUCAAGAUCCGGUUUUAUUCUCGGGUACUCUACGCUAUAACUUAGAUCCCUUGCAAGAAUAUAACGAUGAGAAAAUGUGGCAGGCUUUGGAAGAUGUGGAAUUAAAAGAACAUGUUACAAAAAAUUUGAUUGGUUUAGACUGUGCCAUGUCAGAUGGUGGUUCCAACUUUAGUGUGGGUCAAAGACAAUUGGUUUGUUUGGCUCGUGCAAUUUUGAGACAGAAUAAGGUGUUGAUAUUAGAUGAGGCUACUGCCAAUGUGGAUCCCAUCACCGAUGCUCUUAUACAGAACACCAUACGUAGUAAAUUUGCCGAUUGCACGGUCUUAACGAUUGCCCAUCGUUUGCACACCGUUAUGGAUAGUGAUCGUGUUCUUGUUAUGGAUGCUGGUCAAGCUGUUGAAUUCGAUCAUCCAUAUUUGCUUCUAAAACAAACUAAGGGGUUUCUUCGUCGUUUGGUAGACGAUAGUAGUUCAGAUGCUGCCGCAGCUUUAUUCCAAACAGCCCAGGAAAGUUAUAGGUCAAAAGUACAAAAUGUUUAGUAAAAUUUAGCUUUAUUGUUUAGAUUAUAAUUACUUUAAGAAAAAAUAAUGUGCAAUAAGCUAUUACUUACAUUUAGCUACUUAAUUAAAUGAAUUUUUAAAAUAUUUAAAUAA